AAGACAGCUCUCAGUUGCCGUUCGACUGCCGACUCGCUAGUUGCGCUCAUCAGCAAAGUACAUUUUCUUCUUAAGACUCUUUUGUUUUCAUUUUCUCCCCAAUCACCAAACUACUGUUUUAUAUAAAACUGUGUGUAGCUUAUUCAUUUUCCCAAUUCAUAAACAUUUCACUCUUUUUGAGUUAAAAAAAAAAAAAAAGAACUGAUCGAUUACCCUGGACCUUGUGCGCCAUCGUAUUUUCGUCCUUUGUGAUUGGGACCCACUUUUUUGAGGGAAGAUUCGUAGCUCGGUGUACUAUUUCUGGGAGCCAUUGUUUUUUUUUUGUUAUCGUCACCGAAAGCAAAACAUUUUGGGUCGUGAAUUUUCUAUGUUGAGAACCAUGUUGAAGUUGCUUCCCGAUUGGACUCUUAAUUCGACUGAAUUUAAUCCCAGAUGUUUAUACGAAAAACUACUGAACGAUAGCACAAUACUUGACAAUUUCCGCUAGGUUAUUUUUGGUUAAUUUUUUUUUUAAAGCCCGAACCUUUCGAAAGCUUCCAAAAUUACGACGAAACGAAUUGCAUUUGUACAAAACGCCUCUGAAAGAAUGUCGACAGGAAAGCGUUUGGCCAAACGUUCAAUUGUUGGUACAAAAGUGGUGGUUCUUCGUGAAGACGGCUUCUAUUAUCCAGGUAUAAUACAAGCGGUAAAGACUGCAGAAAUGGAUCCGUCCAGGGGGCAGUUGUUCUCGCACACGAAAUACGCCGUCCGUUCCACCAUGGAAACUGCGGGUCAUUCUGGCCGUCAGCAACUGCUUGAAUACUCUGAAGUCGAUCUGAUUGGCCCCGGUUUCCAGUCAACGGCCGGCUUGACGCUCCAACCCGGCCAGAAGGUUUACAUUACCUUUACCGGCCGUGAAGUAGCCGGUCACGUCACCAAACACCGGCCAGAUGUAGAUGAAGUUCACAUCACUCUACAGGUUUCCAAUUCGAAUUCGGUUGAUAUCGUUAAACGAAUGGAAGAAGUCCGCCUAAUGGAAUCACGAAAAUCACUUCGUCUCAUGGACCAACACGACGUGGAUUUUGCUCGAUUGGCUGACGGAGUCGUUGGUCUCACCACAUCGGCCAAUGGACAACUGCAGGAUGUUUGGCCAAACCAUCAGAUCAGCGUUGGUCAUCCGCCUCGUAAACGUUGCUCGUCUGCUUCAACGUCUGGAAUCGACGUCCCAGGCGCUUUCUUCGGGUCGCGUAAACGUCGUUCCAGUCCGAGCAGUGUCAAGGGUGCAGCCGACGUCAUCAUGGACGAAGAUGAAGACAGCGAUGUUAUGGAUGAAUGCGCAGCCGCUAUGGUACUCAUGCGUCUUUCCUGCAGUCCGCAUUCCCCACGUUGGGAAGAUGUCGCUGCCUGGCAGAGCAAUCACAGUAGCACUAGCAGCAGUAGCGGGGCUUUCUCUUGGCGCGGAAGCGUAUCCAGUAGCAGUGAUUCUCCGCCGCAUGCUUCGUCAACAGGAACGGCCGGCCGGGUCCUUCCGGUCGGUCAGGGGCGUAAGCUGAAAUUUCGCUCGGCAACACCAUCGCCACCUCUGAUGAGCGGCAGCGCUCCAGCCAAUUUUUCUGGAAGUCUUUACAAGUUUCAUUCGGGCCCGAGGGCUACCGCCGUUGCCAAACAGGCCCAAGAUGAUGGAAUCGUUAGUGAUGAAUCAAUCAGUGAAUGUGAUGAAGGACCUUCGCCUUCACAGGUUAGGACAAUUUACCAAUGUACAUGGCCCGGCUGUUCGACUACGACCGACAAUUGUGAGGCUAUCGAAUCGCACGUCCGCUUAGUUCAUCUCGGGCCGCGCCAAAUCGACGAAGAAAUAAGCGAUCAUGAAGAAGAGUUUUAUUAUACGGAAGUAGAAGAGGAAGUUGAUGAAGAGAUUGCGGAUCAGCUACCGACCACUCUACCUCCUAAGGCCGAGGUCAUCGAAUCCUCGGUCGCUCAAUCGCAGAGCUUUCAGGAACAACAUCCCGGAUGGAUGGCUAGUUCACCACCCACAAUGUCUCACAUGGACAUGGCAAGACCUCCGCACGAAGAUCCAGAAUAUCAACGCGCAUUAAUGAAGGCGAGGCCAAUCGCCAUCCCAGCACGUGUCCGCAGCAUUUCAUGGUCUUCCGGUUACGGAUAUAGUUCGAAUCUGCUCAAGCAGGCCAAAGUGGUUGUGUCGCCCACCAAUAAAACGUCUCCUACGCCAGCGCUAUCUACCGGACCUUCGGUUUUUACAGUCAAAAGCAGUCCCGUUCGUCGGCCCCGCGGCGAGGCUAAAAAAUGCCGCAAGGUUUACGGAAUGGAACACCGUGAGCAGUGGUGCACUCAAUGCAAAUGGAAGAAGGCUUGCACUCGCUUCAGCGAGUAAAGGAAACCCCUUCACCCAUGUAGGUAUAAAGAUAUUUUACCCCGAAAAAACCGGUCGAGUUUCAUGGCCCACCAUAGAAAUUUAAUCCGUUUUUCAUGGAUGGGAAUUUUUAAAAUUUAAAAAUGAUCCUCCACCCCCCUUUUUUUUGUGUGGAAAACUUGUUCUUGAUUCUUAUUAUGCAUUGUCAUAGGGAGAAGUUGUUAUUGUUUGGUGCUGGAUGUUAUGCGGAAUAGAAGCCAAGUGUUGCGGAUGACGGAUCUCAAAAGAUUCUAAAUACUUGGCUGUGUGACGGCUGAUAUCAUUGAUAAAUUUGUAUUUUUUCCCUUUUCCUUUCUUUUUUUUUCUGGGGGGGGGGAUGAUUUUCGGUUAAAGAAGAAACAUUGCAAUUUUUCAUAGCUUCUUUAGUAUAUUUGUUGAGAAGAGUUGUAUUCAUGCUGGACCGUAUCGUGUGCAUACCUUCGAAUGUCGUCGUGACGAGUUUUGUUGUCUCUUGCCACUGACCAGGCUGCCGUAGCUCAGUGACGUUUCUGACUGGUGUUGUUAUUACCUCCUGUACAACAUCCUUGAACAUUGUUUUCAUCUUUUUUGUCCCACCUCAUAUCUACGUUACUCUCAAGAAAGCUUUGUACAGCGUUAGAUGGCUUUUUCUUCGUCGAUUUAGAGUUAUUUUUGCGAUAACGCUGCGUGAAAUUUUAACGUUUAGAGAUUUAAUUUUAGCCUUUAUAUGUAUAUUUUUUUCAUCUCUUUUGUAGUUCGCAUAGCGGGGUUUUGAUUCUGUUUUUUCUCAUUUCUUUCUCAAGACUGAUGGUUUCUGAAACAUUUUGGUUUUUUCUCCUUACAAAUGGUGUUUUAGUUCUUAAUUUGCUUUUUUCUCCUGACUUGACUAUUAUAAUUUUUUUUUAUUCAAGCGUGUCGACCCAGAGUUUUAUGACGGAAUUUUAAAUUUUUCAAUAUACAAAUUUCCCCUCGA